CCUAAAAUCCCAUAUCCAAGAGCCAAAGAUUCUCUGUUUUUUUCCUUUUCUUUUUCUAUUUCUUUCAAACACUCGUGUUUUUUAACUAAUGCUCUCAUUCAUUCAUGUUUUUUCAUCAUCCUAUGGAUUUGAGUCCCUUUUGUCUCACUCGCUCUCUCUGAUGGGGUCACGGACACCAUCCUAUGCAACUUGCCAAACUCAUUCUGUGUAAUGAAGAAGCAGAACUACUGCCCCUCACACUGAACUUGAGAGUUUUCAAGGUGUUUGAUAAUAGUAUGGUUUGGUAUUUUUGAAUUUUUUUCCCCUUUGAUCUCUCUCGUGAAACAUGUUUUGCUUCUAGGUAGCCCCUUUGAUGCACAUAUAGUUGAGUUAGUGAAGGGAGUUUGAGGAAAGAAAAAGGGAAAGUUCAAAGUUGUUGUCUUUCUUGAGUUUUUUAUUUUUUCAUUGUCUCAGCUUUCACUUAGGAAAAGGAAGGGGAAAGGUGGAAAAGGGAAAACACGGAGAUGAACCCUUUUGAGAAUGAGGAUUGUGAGAGUUAAGUUGAAGAACACAGAAACAUAGAAGAGUCUAGUAGCUGAAGUGAAUGGAGAAAGAAGAGAAAAAGAAGAUAAAGGGAAACGUUAAGGAUAACAUGCCAACAGUGUGGUUCUCUCUGAAGAAGUCUUUACACUGCAAAUCGGAGCCAUCUGAUGUACAUGACCCCAAAACAAGGAAGCAGUUGAGCACAAUCUUGACCAAGAGAGCAGGGAGGUCAGGGUGUUCAAGGUCCAUAGCAAAUCUCAAAGAUGUAAUCCAUGGAAGCAAGAGGCAUCUUGAUAAGCCACCAAGUUGCAGUCCAAGAUCCAUAGGGAGCAGUGAGUUCCUCAACCCUAUAACUCAUGAAGUGAUUCUGAGCAAUUCAAGGUGUGAGCUGAAGAUAACUGGCUAUGGAGGAUUCCAAGAAGGAGGGGUUGGAAGUGGUGGUGGUGGUAGCAAUGCUGGUGGAGGUUCAACUUUUGUGGGGACUUUGAGGCCUGGUACCCCUGGCCCUGGAGGGCACCCUACAAUGCACUACUUUAACCCUUCUUUUAGGACUUCUUCCACUCCUCCAAGGAAAUCUCCUUUCCUUUCAUCAGAUAAAGAAGGGUCUGGUCCUCAUGGUGCUGGACUUCAUUCUAGCAAUAGGUUGUCUCUUGAGACAGAUUCUAAUGGCUCUUCAACUGUGACUUGCCACAAAUGUGGAGAGCAAUUCAACAAAUGGGAUGCUGCUGAAGCUCAUCAUUUAUCCAAGCAUGCUGUGACUGAACUUGUGGAAGGAGAUUCAUCAAGGAAAAUAGUGGAGAUCAUAUGCAGGACUAGCUGGUUAAAGUCAGAAAACCAGUGUGGUAGAAUUGAGAGAGUUUUGAAGGUUCACAACAUGCAAAAGACUCUUGCAAGAUUUGAGGAGUACAGGGAAAUGGUGAAGAUCAAAGCCAGCAAACUCCAGAAGAAGCAUCCAAGAUGUCUUGCCGAUGGGAAUGAACUUCUGAGGUUCUAUGGCACCACUGUUUCAUGCUCUCUUGGCCUCAAUGGCUCUUCUAGUCUCUGCCUAUCAGAAAAGUGUUGUGUUUGCAGAAUCAUAAGGAAUGGUUUUUCAGCCAAGAAGGAGCUCAAGGGUGGAAUUGGAGUCUUCACAACAUCCACAAGUGGAAGGGCUUUUGAGUCCAUAGAUAUCACUUGUGAGGAACCAUCAUUGAGAAAAGCACUUAUAGUGUGCAGAGUAAUUGCUGGCAGGGUUCAUAGGCCACUUGAGAACAUUCAAGAAAUGGCAGCACAAACAGGAUUUGACUCAUUGGCUGGGAAAGUUGGUCUCUAUUCAAACAUUGAGGAGCUUUAUUUGCUCAAUCCUAGAGCUCUUCUUCCUUGCUUUGUGGUGAUUUGCAAACCUUGAAGCAAAAUUUCUUACAUGUUGUGUAGUUUUGUAGAUUCCCCUAUUUUGUUGGCCUUAUGGAGGUUCUUUGCCAUUCAUCUUUUGAAGAAUUUUGAUUCUUUUCUCCAAGUCAAAAUUGUGCUUCUUCAUGUUUACUGUAUGAACCUCCCAUUCAUACAUUUGUAAUUUUUUUUUAAAUGGCAAUGGAUAUUUUACGUCUGCACUAGGCAACAUUAAGUGCAA